CUUGGGUGCAUGGCGAUCCCAGAAAAGUCAUUUAUCCGACUGACAGCUAUGGGCAAUUCUGUGGUCAGAAAGAUACCCUCAAUGAGAACAAGACCAUUUUAUUUUACUUUAACAUUCUGAAAUGUGCCAGCCCCGUAGUGUUAAUAAACCUACAGUGCCCUACAACACAGCUUUGUGUCUCAAAGUGCCCAGACAGGUUUGCAACCUAUAUUGAUGUUCAGGCUUCCUACAGAUACAAACCAGAUCAGUGGAAUUACUUCAGACAGUUCUGCAAACCUGGUUUUAACAAUCCUCGCAAGUCUGUUGCUCAAGUCCUACGUGAUGAAGAUUGUCCUUCGAUGAUCAUUCCAAGCAGGCCUUUUCUGAAGAGAUGCUUCCCAGACUUCUCCACUAAGAACGGUGUGCUAACUGUGGCAAAUCAGACUACGUUCAAAGAUGGAAGAGGGAAAACAAGAAAUGUAACCGAUCUCAGGGAAGCUGCAAAUGGCAUCAAUAAUGUCCUGGAUGCAAGAUCAGUUGGAAUGAAAAUUUUUGAAGACUAUGCCAUUUCUUGGUAUUGGAUUUUAAUUGGGCUGUUCAUUGCAAUGAUUGUGAGUCUGCUCUUCCUUGUGUUAUUGAGGUUCACGGCUGGGGUUCUCUUCUGGAUUUUCAUCUUUGGUGUGAUUGGAAUUAUAGGUUAUGGCAUAUGGCAUUGUUACUGGGAGUAUGAUCAUCUUAAAGGAAUACCUGGAUCUGACCUCACUGUUUACGAUAUUGGAUUCCAGACUGACUUCAGAGUGUACUUGCAACUGAGGCAAACAUGGUUAGCAUUUAUGAUAAUCCUUUGUGGUGUUGAGGUCAUAAUCAUACUGAUGCUGAUCUUCCUAAGGAAUCGGAUCCGGAUUGCUAUUGCACUGUUGAAGGAAGGUAGUAGGGCUAUUGGCUAUAUAAUGUCUACAUUGUUCUACCCAAUCGUCACCUUCAUACUUAUUGCAAUUUGUAUUUCCUACUGGGCUGUGACAGCUGUUUUUCUGGCUACAUCAGGAGAACCUGUGUAUAAAGUAAUGGCUAAUCAAACACUGUGCAAGUAUGCAAACCUGACUUGUGACCCGGAGACUUUUAACACAACCAAUGUGACUAAAUUGUGUCCAGGUGCUCAGUGUACUUUUGCUUUUUAUGGAGGAGAAAGCCUGUACCAUAGGUACAUCUUCAUCUUUCAGUUAGCCAAUGCCUUUGUCUUUCUCUGGCUGGUGAACUUUGCAAUUGCACUGGGUCAGUGUACCCUUGCUGGUGCCUUUGCCUCUUAUUACUGGGCCUCUCGAAAACCAGCAGAUAUUCCACUGUGGCCGCUCUUCUCUUCAUUUGGACGAGCAAUACG